CAUAUGGCAACCCCGAACGAAUGGCUGAGUUGUUUCUGCAUUGCUCUAUUUUUAUUUUUAACUACGAAUUAAUAAUUUAAACGUAAUUUGUUAAAAAAUCUCAAAGUAUUAUUUCACGCGUUGUAUUCAGCACUUCCUGGAUUGUUCCACGAUGGUACGUUAAACACGCAACCACGAUGUCCGACCGCGGAUGCGUUACGGACCGCAGUUCAUUGCCUUAUGUAAAACUGGUAAUGGUGUUUCUUCCGUGAGUGACCGAAAUAUACAGUGACUUAUGUGUAUAGUUUGUUGGUUGGUGUGAAUAGUGAUAUAAGUCUGAAAAAAUGUCUAAUACAACGGCUCAAGUGCCUCAAGUGUUGAUGAAGAAGGGGAAAAGGGGUGCUGCGGCAUAUAUCCAUGCGGAUUGCGUGAGCGGGUAUCCGCAGUACCUAGGUCCCCUGCUGGACGUCCUGCUGAACCCUGGGAAGGCUAUCGACGAGUGGGAGACCAUAGACUGGUGUCGCUGGCUCCUAGCCGGCGGGCGCACACCUGACGAGUUCGCCGCAAUUGUGCGGAGCUACGACCAGCACGACAAAUGCGGUCUCGUGUGGAUACCGCGCGUUGUCGCGUACAGAUGUCGCACGUGUGGUAUUUCUCCGUGCAUGUCGAUAUGCCGCGAGUGCUUCCACCGCGGCGACCACUCCACGCACGACUUCAACAUGUUCCUCUCGCAAGCCGGCGGCGCUUGCGACUGCGGCGACAACUCUGUCAUGCGGGAGGACGGCUUCUGCAGUAACCACGGCAACAGGUUCCCGCGGCCCGGCACGGCGCCCGCCGAGCUGAUGUGCGUCGCGGAGGCGAUGAUGCCGCGCCUCAUACUGCGCCUGCUGCAGCACUUCAGGGAGAACAGUACGGGCGUUUCAAACUCUGAGAGCUACAGAACAGCUGUUCAGGAAUGUGAGGGCUAUGUGCAGAUGCUGAUGGAGUUCAACAAUAUGGGCGACCUCAUGCGCUCCGCCAUGACCAAGGCGCUCAUCAACCCACAGAUGUACCUAAAUCUGGUAUCACCUCCACACCCCGACACAGAGUAUGGUCGCUACAUGGCGGUGUCACAUAAAAUAUACGAGCUGGCCAUAGACUCGUUUCCUGCGCCCGAUCCGCCUGAAGAAUACCGACAUUUCCCUGCACUAGCACCCCGGUUAAAACACAACACACUACUCGAAGAGUUCAUAUUCUGGACGUUCAAAUACGAGUUCCCGCAGAAUGUUGUGUGUUUCCUUCUCAACAUGCUGCCAGAUCAGGAUUAUAAGGAGCACCUAACAAGAACAUUCGUGAUGCACUACGCUCGGAUACCCCUAGUCCUAGAAAACUCUGCAGACCCCGACACACUGUCCAACCGUGUCGUUCACAUGUCGGUCCAACUAUUCUCCAACGAGGCGCUCGCGUUGCGAUGUGUACAGCAACUGCAUUUGCUACACGUAAUGGUGCUAUCUUUGAGACUGAUGAUGGGAAAAAUCCUAGUACAAAACACUUUACAUGACCCAGAUAAGAACUUCCACUAUGUGAUAGACUGUACGAAGCGAGUCAUGAAGGAACAUUGCUACUGGCCAUUGGUCUCCGACUUCAAUAAUGUGUUGUCGCAUAAGAGUGUUGCUUUGCUGUUUUUACAAGACGAUGCGCUGGUUAACAUGUGGUUCGAGUUCCUAUCCAUGUUGCAAGGUAUGAAUGUGAACGUGCGCGAGACAGGUGGGCACAUCGAGUUUGAGCCGUCUUCAUACUACGCGGCCUUCUCAUGCGAGCUGGAGGCCGCGGCCUACCCCAUGUGGAGCGUGCUGGCGCAUCUGUCGGAGCCGGCGCACGCGCCGCUCGCGAGGCGCAUCGUGGCCGCGGCGCUCAAGUGCCUGCAGGACUGGCUCGAUGCCGUCAACUUCACCGCGCCAAGACUGCAUAGGACGGAGAUGAUGCACGCAUCGUUCCACUUCCCGCUACACCGGUACCUGUCCGCGUUCCUGUGCGCGGCGGUGCGCUGCAUGGGGGUCCGCGCCGCGGACGUGCUGCCCCCUACUGACCUGCUGGCGCUGUUGGCUGCGCAUCCGCUGCGAGUUCAGAGUCUGUUCUACGAGAUCCUGGCAGGCGUGUGGGUGCGGAACGGGCUGCAGAUCAAGGGGCAGGCGAUGACGUACAUCCAGGCCAACUUCUGCAACUCCAUGGUGGACAUGGACGUGUACUGGCUGCAGAUAUGCGCCGCGCACCUGCCCGCCGACCACUUCCUCGACAUGUGCAUCGACGUUUUCGGUGUACGGGAGUGGUUGAGCCUGACCCCGAUGUCGCCCGCGCAAACGUCGGAGCAGUACGCCAUGGUGGAAGGCUUGCUGACGUUCCUUGCCAUCCUCGUCUCCUCGAGAACUAAUCUUGGCAAUGAUGAGCUGACACAGUCAAAGCUAGAAGUUGCGACGCUGUUGGCGGCAGGCGACAAGACUCACUCACAAUUGCUGGAACUGAUGCCAGAGAGAUCUGGCAAUGCGCACACUAGGAAUUUUGAAACUGUUCUAAAAGAGUUAUCAGUGUACCGCGCGCCGCCCAAGGGGUCCGAGAGCUUGGAGCAAGGUCUGUUCGUGCCAAAGCCGAUAGUGUGGGAGAGGUAUUACGACCCUUUACAUUUACUGCAAAGGGCGGUGCAUAGAAGAGACUUCCACACAUCUAUGGACAGGUUUACAGCAUAUGUACGAGAAAAGCAGAAAGCAGAAGGAAUCACAGGGCACGGAGCGCUUUGGCCGCCGCUGCGACCAGCGCGCGCGCCGCCCGAAGCCGCCGGCGAUCCGCGACAGUUGUGCGCUUCAGGGGUAUUACACGGUGCUUUACUAGCGGUAUUAUACCGCGGGGUGCGAAGAAGACACGUGGAGAGCGCUAGCGGCGCGGAGGGCGAGGCGGGCUGGCGGCCGGAGACCUCGCAGCAGGGGGUGGAAGCGCCGCCCGACCACGUGCUGGCCUUGGCCGUAUACCUGCUGGCUGUGGCUGCGGACCUGGCCGCCGAGAGGGCGAAGACGCACAAUCGUGACGUGUGCGUGGCGGACGGUACGCGAGGCGGCGGCUGCGCGCGAGUGUCAGGGGUACCCCUACUACGCGCGUUCGCUGGAGGCUCCGUGUGUGACAACGCGCGCGCGGUGCUGGCGUCCGUGCCGCCGCCCAGCCGCGACGAUCCCGGCCGCGGAGACGAUGGGCAUCUACACAAGCGGUCACAGCACGAAGACAGUGACCCGGAGUGGGAGAGCCCGGAGGACGAGCGCAGUGAGCCGCGCCCCGCUAGCAAAGCUGCUUCACUACCCGCUGGCAGCACCGCCCUAGCUGUGCCAUCUUCCCUACAUAUGGUGCGUGGCAACUCCGUGUCAGAUGAUCAGUCGGACACGGGCGGCGACACGCCUAUAAUACGAGCUCUAGAGAGUGGCAGUGGCGAGAGUCAAGCUCUAGUGGUGCCGGGGCUGUCGGGAGGCGCGGAGUCGGACGUGGAGAUGGAGGCGGAGCACAUGACCCUGGCCAUCCCGGAGACCACCCUGGCGCAGCUAGGCCUGGACCCACCACCCGUGCCUAUCACUUAUGAAAUAGACGAGCCGGAGUGGCGUUUAACCAUCCACGAGGAAUCCCCGCCUCGCCCCGCGCUGCCAGCACCGCAACCCUCUACUGACACACAAGUACAACUCCACACGCAGAAGGACGAGAAUAUUCCAGUGAAUGAGUCGAUCAUAUCGCUGCUGUUGAAGCUGCACUCGCAAAUGUCCGGAAGACUUGACUCCUUCGCGCUAGAGGAACCUGCGCCCACUUCAGAGGAACCUAUUGGUGAUGGUCCACAUUUUAUCGGAGCGCUACUACACAAGCUGUCGGCGCUGGACGCUCGUUGCGCGGCCUCCAUACAAAACGUGCGUAGGACGUUGUGGCCGCACCAGCGCGAGCGGCAGGCCGAACAGCGAGCCAGAGAACGACGAGAAAAAGAAGAACGCUCGCGCCGGGCGCGGGACAGGCAACAACAACUAAUGCGUGAAUUUGCACGAAGACAGCAACAGUUCAUGUCCGCCAUGGCCAUGGAGGUGGGCGAUGGAGCCAUGGAGUGGGACGAGGAGGAAGAGGUUGUGGAGAGAGACUAUGACUGUGUCAUCUGCAACACCACCACCCCCACAACGGCACAGGACCCUAUUGGCCUUGUUGUUUUGCUACAGUCGACGUCAGUACUGGGUCACAGGAGACGGAAGGGCAGCGGCGUGGCUCACCUAGCGCUGUCGGAGGCGGAGAGGACGCGGCUGGCGGCGCAGCAGGGCGCCACGGCCGCCGCGCAUCACUACCGCCUACACGAUGACCUGGACCAGUACUUUGAUCAGGAAUCAUGGGUGCUAUCCGUGUCAGUGGGCUGGGAGGGCGGCGUGGCUGCGCAGUCUUGCGGACACCACCUGCACUUGCACUGUCUGCGCUCCUACCUGCGCUCGUUGGCUGCGCCCCAGCGCCCGCACAACUUACACGUCGAGCGCGGGGAGUUCCUCUGCCCCGUGUGUCGACAGCUGGCCAAUGGGGUGCUACCAUUGGCGCCCCCUCCGCCGCGGUCAGCGUUUCCAGUACUGCCCGUGCCGCCCACGCAUCAAGCCCUCGCUGCGCAAGUGUUGGAAGUACUAGAGAGGAAGCGCGAACCGGCGCCGGCGGCACCAACCCGGCUAUCAGAAGCGACAGGCAAAGCGAUGGAAGCGAUGACGUCGAUGGCGGGCGGGAAGCUCAAGCAGCGCUACGGUUCCUCCCCGGCCGCCAUCUUUACUUUCAUGGCGUCGCUGGUCAGAACCAACCUCGAAUGUGAGCUGGUGCAGAGAGGAGGUACCCUGGUGGAGCAACCCACGCCGCGGUACAAGCCCAGAGAUGACUGCAUAGUGCCCUUAAUAGCGGUAGUUGGAGCCCACGCGGCAGCCUUAACAUCAGCGGGGGUACAGCUAGGCGCGGGGGCCACGUGGAGAGCCCUUAUACCCCCCGCGGCCACCACAGCUCCCUCCGGCCCCGCGGGCUCCCCUGCGCUGUCCCCCGCGGGGGGCUCCCGGCCUGUGCCGCUACUGCUGCGAGACCCCACGGCGCUGCUGAUGCACUUCCUACUGCUGGGGUGUACCCAUCCGCCGCAUAUGGAUUUGCAACACUUCACAUGCAUAGUGCGCGUGCUAUACGCACUCACGUACUACCAAGUAGUCAACCAAUUGUGUGCCACCGGGGUGCUGCCCGCGGCCAUAGAAGCGCAGCAAGCGGACGACUCGCCCUGGGAGAGCAAUGACGCGGAGAGUGGCGGCCUAGUGGCAGCCGCGAAGUUGCUGCUCACUGCGCUCGCGGGGCACCAUUUAUUAGAAGACGACGCCAGCAGUACUGCUGACCAGGCGCCGGUACUCCACAAUGUUGAGUUGGAGGUUCAAGAGCUAGUCGUCCCUUACUUGCGCGUCGCAGCUUUACUCAGAAAGCACAUAUACGGCGGGGAACUCCCUCGAAUCAGGACUGAGCAGGAGGAAUUCUCUAGUCUACUGCGGUACUUGGAGUUAGUGGAAGAUGAUGUGACAACGGUGACGGGGGAUAGUGCGCUAUGGCCGGGCGCAGCGAACGCGGCCAAAGCCUGGGCGAGACAACUAGCUAACGCGUCCGCUGGGGGACAACUGGCGGUACAGCGUGUAAUACGCUCGCUGCACGUGUCGUGGUGCGGGCCCGCGCUGCUAGCGCUGCCGCGCGACUACGACCGUCUGUUCACGUACUACCACGAGCGCGUGUGCCUGCAGUGCGGCGCCGUGCCCAAGGAAGCGUCCGUCUGUCUGCUGUGCGGCACGCUCGUGUGCCUCAAACAGCCCUGCUGUAGACACCACCAGGUGGCGGAGGCGGUGCAGCACGCGACAGAAUGCGGCGGCGGCACGGGCAUCUUUCUAGUCGUGACGUCCACUUACAUCAUCGUGAUCCGUGGACACCGCGCCUGUCUGUGGGGCAGCCUCUACCUCGACGACUACGACGAGGAGGAUCGAGAUCUCAAACGCGGCAAGCCUUUAUAUCUUAGUCAAGAUCGUCUGGAGCUGCUGCAGGCGCAGUGGCUCGCGCAUCGCUUCGACCACACCAAGCGGACGUGGGUGUGGCAUCGCGACUCGCUCUGAGACACGCUGUUGAUGCACAGCAUCAGUUAGACGGUGAACUGACAACAAGCCGCGCGCCGCGGUGACCACUCGCCGCCACGCGCGCCGGUGCCUAGACGAUUGCUGUAGAUACAUGUAUCAUAUACUGUUAUAUUACGUCUCUUAUUAAUAUAUCAAAUUAUUGUGUUUACCUUUAUUUCCACACAGAUUAAAUGAAAAAGAUAGACCAAACACUGAUAAAGUGAUAACAAAACAGACAGUCCAAUCUGAACACGAGGCAUAUAACUGCGUAAUUUUUCCCGCUCUCAACUUUUUCCCUAAAGUAUCAGUUCAAAAAGUAGAUUACACUACCUUUCCCGAUAAAGCGAUACGGACACAACUGGCAUCACUUUUCAUGCAUGAAAUAUGAAUAUGAUAUGCCUAUCUAUCUUUUUCCUUUAGUCUUUGUUAUUUUUUGAUAAUAAAAUUUAAAUUAUAAAAGUGAUCAUAAAAUGAAAUCGAAAAGUGAUUGUAAUUUUUGAGCAUUGAUACCAAAAAGCCAAAGAUAUCUUUGAAAUGUUAUUUGACUUCUUCUUUCAUUUUCAAAAAUAUCACAAGUUUGAUAUUUAGCAAAAUUAUAUGACUUUUUUGAUAAAUAAAACCGUUACUAAGUAACUCAAGGUCUGAUUACAGAUAGAUAGAUUUUAUUAUUAUUAAUUUUGGUCCGUAUUUUUUAAAUUCAAUACAAGUUAUCCCUUGACUGCGAUCUCACCUGGUGGUAAGUGAUGAUGCAGUCUAAGAUGGUAGCGGGCUAACUGGAAGGAGUAUGGUAGUUUCGUUUAUGGCAGUACCUAAUGCUUAUCUGUUUACUAUGCUUAGUAUUUCUAACACACUUUUACAUGUUAUUUAUCUUUGGGUUUUUGUAUAUCAAUGUUUUUGAGUCAACUUUGUAUGUAGUACAUCUUAAUUAUAGCAAUAAAUAUAAUUAAUGAAUUUAAUUUUAGAAAAGUUUGUAUUUGACAACUGUCUGGUGCCUUUAAUUUAAUUGCUUUUUAAAAA